AGUGGAACUUGAGCACGUAAUAGGGUAGCGCUAAGCAGCAAGCCGGACCCGGUCGCUUGUUUUUUAAUCACGCCACCCGUCGCGUGCAUCAGCAUCACCUAUUCUCUUCUUCCAGCACCCCCCUCUCCUCUCUUUCUUUUUUUCUUCCCCGGCCGCUCUUCUUCCUCCUACUGAGCCUAGCAGAGCAGCGAAGUCAGAGAUUCCAAUUUCAUUUGUAUCUCUGUCCUUCAUUGGCUCUUCAUCGCCACCCCUUUGACUACCUAGCCUCGUUCACCGCUCGCUCAGCCCUCCUCCUCCUAAUCUCCGUAUUUUAAUUUCAGCCGUUCCACCAUUUCUUGACAGAGACAGGCUACCGCACAGAGGAGGAGCACUGGAGCGAGCAACAGGCGGCGCUUUGCUGCUGCUCGGUGCUGGAGCUUCCACGACGCACAGCAGCAGCAGAGCUCGAAACUUGAUUUCGAGUCGCUGGACCGGAGACAGCGGGAUCAGGGGAGGAGAGGCCGCUGCUUGAUUCGGUCAACUCUUGGUCGCCAGCCGCAGCCGGAGUGCAGCAGGAUCAAGACCAAUGGGGAGGGAGUGGACGCCGUCGGCCGCCGCGGCCGCUGUUCUGCUCGUCGUCUCCUGCGUCGCGGCGGCACCGCUGGCGCUGCAGCAGCACAAGCACGCCAGGAUCUCAGGGGACACCGGCGGCGUGCUGGACGACGACCCGGUGGGAAAGCUUAAGGUGUUCGUGUACGAGAUGCCGCGGAAGUACAACCUGAACCUGCUGGCCAAGGACAGCCGGUGCCUGUACCACAUGUUCGCCGCCGAGAUCUUCAUGCACCAGUUCCUGCUGUCCAGCGCGGUGCGGACGCUGGACCCCGAGGAGGCCGACUGGUUCUACACGCCCGUGUACACCACCUGCGACCUCACGCCGCAGGGCUUCCCGCUGCCGUUCCGGGCGCCACGGAUCAUGCGGAGCGCCAUCCAGUACGUCGCCACGACGUGGCCGUUCUGGAACCGGACGGAGGGCGCCGACCACUUCUUCCUCACGCCCCACGAUUUCGGCGCAUGCUUCCACUAUCAGGAGGAGAGGGCCAUGGAGAGGGGGAUCCUGCCGCUGCUCCGGCGCGCGACGCUGGUGCAGACGUUCGGGCAGAGGAACCACGUGUGCCUGCAGGACGGCUCCAUCACCAUCCCGCCCUACGCCAACCCGCACAAGAUGCAGGCGCACCUCAUCAACCCCGGCACGCCACGGUCCAUCUUCGUUUACUUCCGCGGCCUCUUCUACGACAUGGGCAACGACCCCGAAGGUGGCUACUACGCCAGGGGCGCGCGCGCGUCGGUGUGGGAGAACUUCAGGGACAACCCGCUGUUCGACAUCUCGACGGAGCACCCGUCGACGUACUACGAGGACAUGCAGCGCGCCAUCUUCUGCCUGUGCCCGCUGGGGUGGGCGCCGUGGAGCCCGCGCCUGGUGGAGGCCGUCGUCUUCGGCUGCAUCCCCGUCAUCAUCGCUGACGACAUCGUGCUGCCCUUCUCGGACGCCAUCCCCUGGGACCAGAUCAGCGUCUUCGUCGCCGAGCGCGACGUGCCGCGCCUCGACUCCAUCCUCACCUCCAUCCCGCUCGACGACAUACUCCGCAAGCAGCGCCUGCUCGCCGGCGCGUCGGUGAAGCAGGCCCUGCUCUUCCACCAGCCCGCCAGGCCCGGGGACGCGUUCCACCAGAUACUCAACGGGCUCGCGCGCAAGCUGCCGCACGGCAAGGGCGUGUUCCUCGAGCCCGGGGAGAAGGUCUUGGACUGGAACGCCGGACUCGAGAGCGACCUCGAACCGUGGUAGAUGCGGCGCCAUUGCAUUGCAUCGCAUCUACUCUUCUCCUUGUUCUUUUCUUUUUUUUUUUCUUUCACGGACUUUUUUACAUCGAUCGAUAUCACGCCUUAGUUUUCUUUUCGAUCACUUUUUCCAUUGUUUCUUUCAAUAGAGAGGGAAGUUGUCAGGAGAUGUGCUUGUGUGAUUUAGAAUUAGUGAUUACUACAUCAAUGGCUGUCAUGUGAUUAGUUAGUGUUUGUAAAUCGCUCUAGCCUUUCUACUUAAUGAAUUUCCUUUUUUUUU